AACCCAACUGCAGAGACAGUGCAGAGUUCUCAGUGGAAAUUGAAGCCCAUGCCGUCACUUGACAGUCGCACUGCAUGUCAUCGCCUCUCUCUCUCUCUCCCUCGCUCUAUCUCUUUCUCAUGAACACCCUGAUCGCAGUCACCGACAGUGAGAUCAAUGGUCGCAGGGGUUCCUUUUUAGCUCAGAGAGGCGAGCAAUGAGAGGAGAGAAGGGAAAAAGGAAGUUACUACGUUGUCAUUUCUGCCGUCUCUUUUUGUCUAUAAAGAAGAUAUUGACGGAAGAAAACGCUCACAUCCAAAACAUCUCUCUCUCUCUCUCUCUCUAAUACGAUUCCCACGCACGAUGCCACAACGGCUGCCUCGCAGCUCUCAUUUCCGGAGCCGUUUUCCUGGGCAGAGAGCCAGUGUCUCGUCCACUGGGUGGCCUGUGCAUGUCUAAUUCAUCUUCUCUGGUGUGUUGUUGCGGAGAGAGUGAGGAAGGGAAGGGAAAGGCGCCACCUUGAUGAGUUCUUCACUGCCAAAAUCGGAUUUUUAUGAGAUGGGAGGUUCCGUAGAUGGUUUCCGGUCUUUAGCGAUGGGGAGUGCUGAGGGCAUUUUGGCUGGGUAAAGAAGAAGCCUUCAAACAAACACACCGAAAAAAGAUGAGACCUUUAGUUGGAAUUGAUGCCUGCGAUUAACUGAUAUCAGUCACUGUCUCUUUUUGUUUGCAUUGGUUUUGUGUUCUAAUUUACCUCAAAUUUGUAUUCCCUCUCGGUUCUGUAAAGAUCCAAUCUUUACAUCAUUCAAAGUUCUGCAACUGAGGAGGAGGAGGAGGAGGACAAGAAGAGAUUCCAGUGCCAAACUCAGCUCUUCACCUCCGCAGAGAUCUCAAUGUACCAACCAAACAUCUUUCUUUGGAAGAGAUCCAGAGCAGUCGGUGGCAAACAAGGCCUGAUGUCAUCUUUCCAUGGCGGCGGCAGCUGUGGCAAGCCCGCAGCUUCCUCACUCUUGCCCUCUGCAAGGCUCUCUGAGGCUGCCAUGAGCCCAACCUCCACACCAGAAACCAGAAACUUGUCUUCCAUUGGCAAUCAUAUCCCCCCUUUUGAUGCGAUUACCACUAGCAGCGCCUCUGUUUCAGACACCAAGCAGCAUCCAUGGAGAAAUCGAGGCUCGAGACCCACUGGGCUCGGCAUCAUCGACGCUCUCAGUGACGAACAGUUCGACACCAAGCCACAGCGCAGUAUGGUUCUGCUCGGAACAAAGCUGAAGAUCCAAAUUCCUUCCCUUUGUCCGACCUCCAACUCGCCGGUUGGGUCCCCGAUCGAGUUCGGCAUCAAGAACAGAGACUCCCAGUUGGCUCUCCUUUCUCCUGCCCGGAGCUCUCCCGGCUCGGAGAUGCUAGCUUCCUCCCCUCAGGUCUUCGCCGGAAGCAACUUCUCCAUGAGCGAGAUGGAGCUCUCGGAGGACUACACCUGCGUGAUCUUUCAUGGCCCGAAUCCGAGGACUACACACAUCUUCGACAGCUGCGCAGUGGAGCAGUGCGGAGAUGGCUUCACUCGAUCAACCAAAAGCCGCAGCUUUGCAGCUGAUAGCAGAGGGUAUCCUUUGAAUGAUUCCUUGAGCUUCUGCUACGCAUGCAAGAAGAAUGUUGAGCAAGGAAAGGAAACCUUCAUGUAUAAAGGUGAGAAAGCAUUUUGCAGUAGUGAAUGCUGCAUCAAAGGGAUGCUUGAUGAGUAUGGGAUAGAGACAAGUGCUCAGAGGAGUCAUCACUCACGAUGUGAUCCAUGCUUCUAAUUACCACAGCAAAUUUGAUCUCCAAUUAAGCCUUUUUUUUUAGUGGUUUGUGGAUCCUAAUCAAAUGGGGAUGGAAGUGAUCUUGAAGAACCAAAUCAUUCAUUCACUUCGUUGGUGUUCUCCAUGAGUUUUGCUUUCAGAGAAGGUAGAGAUCUAUUGACAUGUUAAGGUCAAUGCCAUAUAUUGUCAUUAGAAAAGCUAAUAAAUUCAUGCAAAUUCUGAUGCUUUAGCUCCUAAAUAUAACCAGUUUUUAGAAAGUAUUUUUAUGCCAGAUCCAAAACAAUAUGAAAUUUCUUAUCAAAGUCCCGAUAUCAUGAAUGACCAUUAAAUCUAUUUGAAGAACUGAUAUAAUUUCGACGUAUAUUUGUUAUUUGUUGAUGUUAAAACAUGUUCUUACAGUGAUUUCUCUAAGAAAGCUGGUAGGAUCAAAUCCAAGACAGACAUUUGUUGGUGUUAAAACAUGUUCUUACGAUGAUUUCUUCUCUAAGAAAGUUUGUGGGAUCAAAUCCAAAGUCCAGAAAUUUAGGAUACGUCUGCAAGCACAAAAACCAAAUGCCACACACAGCAUUUCCACAGUCAGAUGUCAUCGGAGUUUGGGCCGGUAGCCAGUAAACUAUACAUCACCACAUCUCUGCUCUUCCCAUGCAACAUGACGUACUUUCUCAGCAGCCCUUCUCUCAGAAACCCGGCCUUCUCCAGCACCCGCUGCGACGCCGGAUUUUCCACCUCGGCGAUCGCCUCCAGCCUCUCCAAGUGCGGCCACUCCUCGAGGAGAGAGGAAACGGCCGCCCUGAGCGCAGUCGUGGCUAUGCCGCGGCCCCAAUGUUGGUAGGCCAGGCGGUAGGCGACGGAGGCCUUGAAGCGCUCCUCGCCCUGGCCGGGCUUGGCGUUGAUGGAGCCCACGGGGCGGCCGUCGACGCAGAUGGCUCGGUACCAUGGGUGCGGCAGGACGUGGUCCGCCAGGUACCGCCGCGCGUCCUCCUCGCUUGUGCACGGGCCGCGGCGCUGGAAGCGGGUGACGCGGGGGUCCGACGCCCAUGUCAUGAAGGCGCCGACGUCGGAGAGGUCGAAGGGCCUCAAGGUGAUCUCUGGUUCCUGCUUCCUGUGAUCGUGGUUGGGUGGGACGGCGGAGGAGUCUGUUUGCAUUCUUUGGGGACGAGAGAAGCUUCGUAGAGAGAUGUUGUUGAAAUGCGAGGAGGAUCGAAGGAGAGAGAGCAGAAGCGAUCGGUAGCUAAAGUGUUGUUUUAUCAAACACUUGUCAAGUGGCUUUUGGCCGCCAAGGUGGACUAAUUGACUUGUUGCAGAUGCGUGCUGGACUGCAACCCUUAAACAAUCCAUUGGGACUUCCCACAGAUUAUAUUUAUUUUAAACUCUUAAGAUCUAA